AUGGCAAUGAGCAAGUUCGAAGCGGGAGUAACCCGUGCCGCGGAAAAGCAACAACGCCAGGGAAGUCGGGAGCUGAUGACUGAAGCAGAAGAGGAAACAAUGCGAGCUACCAGUGCUCAGCAAAGCAGAAGUGCUCAGCUCGUCCAACCACGGUUUCUGGUCGAUGUUCUGUUGCUAAAUACUCACAGAAAGAGGAACAGAGAGAGAGAGAGAGAGACAGAGAUUAGCAAGUAUCCAUAA